UGAUGAAAAAUCUGCGUGCUCUCAAAUUAAGUCUCUCAAGAUGAACGUACAUCAGGUUGACACAGACAAAGAUGUUGAAUACCUGAAGAAUGAGCUCCAGAACAUGCGAGAGAUCAAUGGCAAACUCAAUGACCAAUUGACCUCGUCUUUUACGUAUGAGAAAGAGGUUGAACUUCAGUUCGCACUUGCACGAAUUGUCAUCCUGGAGAAUGGACUGAAAUCAUUCAAGCAGACAAGUUCAGAAAAGGAUCAGGUCAUUGAAUCUUUAAGAACUGAUCUUUUUUCGUUGCAGAAAAUUGCAGAUAAUAAAGAUAAGGAGGUUGGAACUCUCAAAGGUGAACUCUCUCGGGUAAUGAACGAACAUGUGAACCUGAGAGAUCGUUUAGCCCAAUGCGACAAGAAUUUGAAGGAAAAAUCAGCUGAGCUUGAACGUACAUCUCAGCUUUUGAACAAAAUGAACAAAGGUAAGGCUGAUGUUGACGAGCUCUUGGACUUACACAAGAACCAAGUCGGGCCAGAACAAACGCUCGUUCGAUCUCGGGUCGAGGAGCAAACGGUAACAAUGACGAGAGAUGAGAUGCAAAGGAUGAUAGCGGAAGCUGUGGCAGCUCAGCUGAAGCAAGCUCAGCCCGAGCAACCUAGGGUCGAGCCACUGAGGAUUGAACAGCCAAACAUCGAACGCGAACAGCAGGCCCAGUCCAACGAGAGGCAGAAUAGGAGGGCAGAGGAGGAGGCUUCCUCUAUCAGGACUGUUAACCCGCAAGCGAGGGAUGAAACGCUGGAGCAAUUGCUGGCCCAAGUGCGUGAUUUGCAAGCCCAGGUCGAGGGGAGAAAAACCGGCGGCUCGAGAGGACAUCCGUUUUCACAGCAUAUCCUCGACGCUGACCUACCACAAGGCUUCCGUGAUUUAAACAUAAGCUAUGACGGGUCAACCGACCCAUCUCGAAAUAUGAAGAGUUUCGAGAAUAUGGCG